GACUCCACCUCCCAGCGCGCCGCGCUGCACACGUGACGGCGGCGCGGGGCAUGCCGGGGAGCGGCGCGCGGCCCGGGAGCGGCGAGCAGAAUUGGGAAAACCUUGGAAUACAUGCGAGUACCAGAUUCUGCACUGGCUAAAGUUGACUGUGGAAAGCCAUGGCUUCUGCCCCUCAGCUCAACUCGGACGCACUCCGAGAGGUCCUGGAGUGCCCCAUUUGCAUGGAGUCCUUUACUGAGGAGCACCUGAGACCCAAGCUCUUACACUGUGGGCACACCAUCUGCAAACAGUGCUUGGAGAAGCUCCUAGCAACCAGCAUUAACGGGAUUCGCUGCCCUUUUUGCAGCAAAAUCACUCGGAUCAAAACCUUAGCUCAGCUGACUGACAAUCUUACUGUACUGAAGAUCAUAGACACCACAGGGCUGGGGGAAGUGGUUGGUCUCCUCAUGUGCAAAGUCUGUGGGAGAAGGUUGCCAAGACACUUUUGCAAGAGUUGUGGCUUGGUUUUAUGUGAGCCGUGCAAGGAGACAUCGCACAUGCCCCAAGGGCAUAAUGUCAUUGCUAUCAAAGAGGCUGCUGAAGAGCGUAGGAGGGAAUUUGGGACAAGGCUUGCCAGACUUCGAGAGCUCAUGGAUGAUCUGCAGAAAAGAAAAGCAUCUCUGGAAGGUGUUUCUAGUGACCUGCAAUCUAGAUAUAGAGCAGUUCUGCAAGAUUACAGCAAAGAAGAGCGCAAGAUCCAGGAAGAACUGGCCAGGUCACGCAAGUUCUUCACCACUUCUUUGUCUGAAGUGGAGAAGGUAAAUAAUCAGGUAAUGGAGGAACAAGCUUAUCUGCUGAACUUAGCAGAAGUGCAGAUAUUGUCUCGCUGUGAUUAUUUCCUUGCCAAAAUAAAGCAAGGAGAUAUAGCUCUCUUGGAAGAUGCAGCAGACGAGGAAGAACCAGAACUAACAAACAAUCUCCCAGGGGAGCUGAUCCUUCACGAGGUUGAACUCCUUAAAGUGAGCCAUGUGGGACCACUGCAGAUUGGGCAGGUGGUGAAGAAACCCCGGACUGUUAACUUGGAAGAAUCGCUUAUGGAAACUGCAGCAUCCUCAUCGGCAUCAUUUAGAGAGCCUGACUUGGUGCAAGAAGAAGCCAGCUGCACGCCGAAUUCCUCCCCAGCCAAGCCGAGGAUGCCCGAAGCAGCUGCAAGCAUCCAGCAGUGUUACUUCAUCAAGAAGAUGGGCUCCAAGGGCAGCCUGCCAGGGAUGUUCAAUCUGCCCGUCAGCCUGUACGUCACUCUCCAAGGAGAGGUGCUUGUGGCAGACCGAGGCAAUUUUCGAAUCCAGGUUUUCACCCGCAAGGGCUUCCUGAAGGAGAUCCGCCGGAGCCCUAGCGGAAUCGAUAGCUUUGUACUGAGCUUCCUUGGAGCAGACUUGCCCAAUCUGACUCCCCUUUCUGUCACCAUGAAUUGCCAUGGCCUGAUAGGUGUGACCGACAGCUACGAUAACUCUGUCAAGGUGUACACCAUGGAUGGGCACUGUGUGGCAUGUCACAGGAGCCAGCUAAGCAAGCCCUGGGGCAUCGCAGCUCUGCCCUCUGGGCAGUUCGUGGUGACUGAUGUGGAAGGGGGGAAGCUGUGGUGCUUCACUGUGGACCGCGGCGUGGGGGUGGUGAAAUACACCUGCUUGUGUAGCGCAGUGCGCCCCAAGUUUGUCACUUGUGAUGCUGAAGGGACCAUAUACUUCACUCAGGGGCUGGGGCUCAACUUGGAAAACAGGCAGUACGAACACCACUUGGAAGGAGGCUUUUCAAUCGGCUCUGUUGGCCCGGAUGGGCAGCUGGGACGCCAGAUUAGCCAUUUCUUCUCCGAGAACGAGGAUUUCAGGUGCAUUGCUGGGAUGUGUGUAGAUGCCAGGGGAGACCUCAUAGUUGCUGACAGCAGCCGUAAGGAAAUCCUGCAUUUUCCUAAAGGAGGUGGCUAUAAUAUCUUAAUCCGGGAAGGACUCACCUGCCCGGUUGGUAUUGCCAUUACUCCCAAAGGACAGCUGUUGGUGCUGGACUGUUGGGAUCACUGCAUUAAGAUCUACAGUUACCAUCUGAGAAGAUAUUCCACCCCUUAACGGCAUUUCUCUGGGGAAAGCCCCUGUCACUAGCAGCAGUUCUUCCAGCCUCACUGCAAUCUGACAGGAACCACUGAGAAAACUGCACCACAGCCCAACGGGGUUUGGCACAGAGACCAUCACGUUUUUUGUUUAGGAACAAAAUAACCACCGUGGUGGCGGUCUGCAUUUUCUCAUUCUGAAUCUGUACAAUAGAAUAGAAGAGCAUGAAGGAAGAGAUCCUUCUGGAAUAUUGGUUUUUUGCUAAAAUGACCAGUCGCUCCUUAACCCUUCUCACCUCCUUAUUCUGCAUUGGCUACGUCUUCAACCACUGUACCUUUCUUUGUGCCAUAAACACUGACUGACUGCCCUAAAUCACCUUCCUUUAGGGGACUAGAGAGGCAAUCCUCUCUCGCCAUGGUACUCGCGAGGAACUCAGUAGCAGUUGUCUGGGCAAGUAGUACAGAAAGCAAUUUCUGAUUGCAGCACUGCAUAAAACAAAAUAGCCCUCUUAAACUGCACCGAGAUGGAGCUUUACUUUCAAACUGAGGGUUUUCUCUCUCCGUUUUUCUGGUGUUCAGGAGAUCGCCCCUGUCGUGCCAUUUGUGAACCGUGUCUGUUCAAUGUGAAGUGAGUACAGUGCAAUCAUGGGAGACCGAGCUGAGCCAGAAAACUGCCCUCUGAUGGCAACAGGGUUAUCGUUACUGCUAAGAAUUCUGCUGGGGAGGGGGGAGGGGGAGAAGGGUGGGGGUUGGAGGAAAAAAAUCAGGGGAAAUCUGUUGAUAUUUAGAAGCGUGCUGUUAUUAAAUGUGUCUUGGGAACUGUCUUUGGGAGGUGUGUCUGCUACCUUCAUCUGGGGGGAGGGAAAGGCUGGGGGGAAGAAGACUGGGAGGUGGGAGUAAAUGAGAUCACGCACAACUCUGUGCUCACCUGCACCUCACUACCUGCAUUCCGGAUCGUCACCUUUGCAAACAGGUUUCCACGUGUCUGCACUUUGUAUCCCACGAUGAGGGUGGGGGGGAUUGCUUCAUUUAAAUUUUUUUAGCACUCCAAAGCACAUCCAUUGGUGCAUUGCCUUUUUCUCCUUGCACAGCAAAUCACGACAUUCCUCAGCUUUUUUAUGGCACCAGCAGGCACCAGAGUUCGUGUUCAUCACGGCUUUGGGCCAAAUGAAGCACAAAACUGCAGCUGUGUGAACCAAGCCCCCACAGUGCUGCUCUCCUCACUGAUAAAUGUGUACCUCAGUGUGGUGCUGCUUGCCUGGAAUAGUUUAUUGAAGGAAGGACGCAUUCAAAUCGGGCACAGUGGUAGCAUGUUAAUCUGCCACAGAUAAUAGUUACGCUGCAGUGCAUUUAUUUGUUGCUAUCAACAACAUAGUUGCAAAUUUGGGGGCAUGGCAGACAAUAUAAAAGCUGAUUUUAUGGUGGCUGCCAUGCGACAGCAAAUUGUUUGCUGCUUGUCCUACAACAUGUAUGCAACAGGUGAUUUUUUUUU